AUGACUAACGCCUGUAUGAUCGCUCUGAUACUUUUUUGCCUGAAUGGUCCUGUUGAUACUCAAGAAAAGAAAGUGGUGACUGUUGGGAUCGCAGCUGUAGAAAAUGUCCUGCCCAAUUUCAUGGGAUUUUCACAAAGCGGCGGUGCUAUCGGUUUAGCCCUCGAUCGAAUGCGUUCCGAGGGUAUAACGGACGGGAUUGACUUCAGGUUCAUCGUGAACUUUACUGAGUGCAGUACUGAGACAGCUGUUGGAGUGGCCUUGGAGUACAUGGUGAAGCAGGAUGUCGACCUCGUUAUUGGACCUCCUUGCCCACACUCAGCCGAGAUGAUGGCUUAUUUGUCAACAUACUAUUCGAAAGUUAUCCUUGGAUGGGGUAUGCUAAUCGACUCCAAGUUCAGUGAAGCCAGUCGUUUUAAAUAUUUAACAAAAGUCAUGCCAGACUCACUGAAAAUGAUGGAAUCUUUAGUUCAAAUGUUUGAACUGUUUGAAUGGAAUCGUGUAGCUAUCUUCUAUACAUCGAACCAGGUGAAAUACUGCGAUACCAUCAUCAACGAUGCAAGUAUGGCAUUCAGUGAUGAUUCAACGUACGUGGUAGAUAUAGUGCAAGAGGUUAAAUGGGAUGGUCAGGACAACGAUUACAUAAGAAAUCAGUUGCUCCGAACUAAAAGCAUUGCAAGAAGUAAGUAUAUAGAUUCAUUAUCAUUGCUUGUCGAUGGAAUCUAUUGGGAAAAUCUACUCUAA